AUGUCACAAAUGCAUGCUGUUUCCGAUGAGUGCGAUGCGACCGUGUUGAAAUUUCCUAAAGAGUUCGAGACUGCCGAUACACUCAUGUUAGCUGAGGUGAAACUGCUCCUUGAACACAGGAAAGAGCAAAAUGAGACGGCAACAAUCCACGAGUUGGAGAUGUCCCAGGUGUUUACAAAAACGCUGAACUAUGCUACACAAUUUUCCAAGUUCAAUAAUCGUGAAACAAUCGAAAGCGUUCGAGCUCUGCUGUCUCAGAAAAGGCUACAUUCAUUCGAAUUGUCCUCGGUCGCUAACCUGUUGCCGGACACAGCGGAAGAAGUGAAGGCUCUCAUUCCCAGUCUGGAUUGUUCCCGGUUCACCGAAGAGGAGUUGCAGCAAAUGCUGGAUGAGAUCCAAUCCAAACGAAGUUUUCAGGCCUAA